UGCGGAACGCCAUCUUUAAACCCCAUACGAGGCCAGCAGCACCAGCAGCACUGAGCUACAGUUCAACACCGGGGUGAAAAACAACACAAUCCAUACAGCGCUUGAAAGAUUCAGAUCCGUGACUUUUGGAUCUCUGCCUCCCCCUAAACACGGUGAUGAGAGACAGUCUUCUGGGAUUGUGAGAAGACAUUGAAAGGACAUGGGCAGGGACCGAAAAUGUUGUUAUACUAGGCAGACACAACAAUAGGCGGAAAGACAACAACAACGGACUGGCUAGGUUAGCUUGCUGGCUAACUUACCCGCUAGUCUGUUGCUAAACCAUCCUGUGCGUUGUUUCACAUGCUACUUGAGAAAGCUGGCAAGACUUUUCUCUCUCAUCAAUUCUUUAAUCUAAUAUCUGGUCGGCAUCCGUGACUACCCGUCAGUGGACUUUGUAGACCAUCCAGGCUUGUCUCCGUGCAUUUGUGAGACAGCUGAGACAGGGUUUUUACUAGUGUCGUUGCAGCUAAGCUAAGUCCCCGCUCCUCCCCAGCGGCCCAGUCGGAGAUGCAUGGAAGAUGUCGGUGUCGGGGCUGAAGGCCGAACUGAAGUUUUUGGAGUCUAUUUUUGAUCCAAAUCACGAACGAUUUAGGAUCAUUGAUUGGAAACCUGACGAACUAAGCUGUCAGUUUAAUGUGACCAGAGAGAAGCUGUUAAUAAUACACUGUAACAUUACGGAGUCUUAUCCGUCUACACCACCGAUAUGGUUUGUAGAUUCGGACGAUCCAAGCCUUGCACAAGUUUUAGAGCGGUUGGAAGAUGUGAGAAAAGGCAGCACCUUGCUUUUACAACAGCUGAAGAAACUCAUUUGUGACCUAUGUCGGUUGUACAACCUUCCUCAACAUCCUGAUGUUGAAAUGCUUGACCAGCCUUUGCCUGCAGGUCCUGUAGGGCAAGACCGAAAGCAUGGAACAGAGGAAGUUACAUCUGAGGAAGAAGAGGAGGAGGAGAUGGGAGAGGACAUAGAGGAUCUGGACCACUAUGAAAUGAAAGAGGAAGAGCCCGUGGAAGGAAAGAAAUCAGAAGAUGAUGGCAUUGAAAAAGAAAAUCUAGCCAUCUUGGAGAAAAUUCGGAAAAACCAGAGACAAGAUCAUUUGAAUGUAAGUGAUGGAGCUGUGUCUGGUUCAGUACAGGCAUCUGAUCGCCUAAUGAAGGAAUUGCGAGAAAUCUACAGGUCUCAAAGUUACAAGACAGGUAUCUAUUCCGUGGAGCUUGUUAACGACAGUCUCUAUGAAUGGCACGUCAAAUUGAGAACAGUGGAUCCAGAUAGUCCCUUGCACAGUGAUUUACAAGUCCUAAAGGAAAAGGAGGGAAUGGAUUACAUCUUAUUAAACUUUUCCUAUAAAGAUAACUUUCCAUUUGAUCCACCAUUUGUGAGAGUUGUUUCACCAGUGCUUUCUGGGGGCUAUGUUCUCGGUGGAGGUGCCCUCUGCAUGGAACUUCUCACCAAACAGGGCUGGAGCAGUGCCUAUUCUAUUGAGUCUGUCAUCAUGCAGAUCAAUGCCACUUUAGUCAAAGGAAAAGCCAGAGUGCAGUUUGGAGCAAAUAAGAAUCAGUACAAUCUUGCCAGAGCACAGCAAUCCUACAAAUCUCUGGUUCAGAUUCAUGAAAAGAAUGGCUGGUACACACCCCCAAAGGAGGAUGGCUAGCACAGACUUGGUUUUUCCUGCUGUGGGACCCAUAUGUCUUAGUUCACUUUAAUCAUGACCAAUACAUCUUUUUGAGGACUUUGUUUUGUUGUACACAAGAGUGCAAGAGUGUGAACUCUCGACAAAUUUCCAGAUGACCCAGAACGAAUAGCCCAGCCCCUCACCACAAACUGCCCUGCCUGCAGUUGCUCUCCAGGGCGGUCUCUUCCCAGAUAUUUAUCUAUCAGUAUAUCUGUUGUUCAGUUUUCCAUUGCGUCAUCAUCCCAUCCUCCUGGAAAGGACUAAUAUCUGAAUCAGCUCUUUGGUUUCGGCGUGCGGCAUGCCAAGGUUGCUUUCUGGCUGUAAAGUUGAAAGUUGUGGCAUGACUUUAUUUGAAUGGAGGCCCGAGUACCUCCCCUGUAGCCGCUGCCUCCCUGACCUCAGACUGGAUAUUAAGAACUUGUGUUGCUUGAUGAUUGGUGGUGGCUGGAACAAAUCUUUUUUUCUGCUGGUGAAAAUGGCGCUUUUUUUUUUUGUUGUUUCAUGGAUGACCUCUGUGUUAAUUUUCUCAUGUAUUGUCUUUAAAAUGCCAAGAUCCCCUUUCCACAAUUAUAUUGCUUCUGAGGAUGGCUUAUUUUUAAAAGCUUUUAUAUUAUAAUGUGAAGCCUUGGAGUGAUGAGAGGAAAGAGUAGACCCCACUCAUGGGUGGGAAGAAUUGUGGAAAGAAUAAGACUUUUUGCUUUUGGGUCACUGCUAUUGCCAACACCAGCAUCUGGACCACUCUGUGCAGGAGAGAGCUGGUGUGUCUCUUAGGCAAUCCAAAACCAACUAAAGCAGAAGACUUGAUAUGUUAGGAUCACACUGUAAUGUAGUUGAUUUUAAUCUCAAAUGUAAACAUGUAAAUUUGUAUUUCUGAAAAAGGAUUAAAUUGUUUAUAUUGAA